AUGUCGGCCACUUUAUUCUGUCUUGUCAAAGGAAACACGACCGCGAAUGCUUUCGAAGUUGAUAUUGAGAAGGGCAAGUCUAUUAGCAAACUCAAGGAGACUAUCAAAGCGAAAAACAGGCAGGCUUUUGCUAAUGUCGACGCCAAAGAUCUCAAGUUAUGGAAGGUCGAAAUCCCUGACGAUCGCGAUUCCGAGUUAGCAAACCCCGCAUUAGAUGUCGAACUUCUGGCAACUCGAGAC